AUGGUUGCCUGGCAUGCUGUCGAACAGUCGGCCGCCAAAGCAGGGGACAACAUCUUGGUUAUCGGCGCUGGCCCGAUUGGUUUAGCCAUUCUCCAAUGCCUGAAAGCCUUGGAUACUGCCCAGGUGAUCGUUGCAGAAGUUGCUCAGAAUCGAAGGAACUUAGCUCUACACUUUGGAGCUACAGCGGCGAUCGAUCCGACGGACGAAGACAUGGUCUCCAGAUGCAAGAUGCUGUGCAAUGACCAAGGCCCUGACGUUGCUUUUGACUGCGCUGGAGUAGCUGCCAGUAUCAAGUCCGCGUGUCUAUCAGUUCGAAGCAGGGGAACGGUGGUGAAUGUUGCCCAGUGGGGCAAAGAGAUGCCCUUCAACCCAGACAAUCUGUUGGUUGGCGAAAAGAGGCUGGUUACAGGUAAGCCAUCACGCGAAACCAUUGGAAUGAUUCGAAGCCUUGCUGACUUGUUCCGAGCGCUGAGUUACACCAGUGAGGAUUUCGAGCGAGUUAUUGACGCGCUGGAUAAAGGAGCGAUCGAUGCGAAGAAGAUGAUCACGCGCACAAUCUCGAUGGAUAGAGUGGUGGAAGAUGGUAUCCUCGCGCUGCUAUACGAGAAGGAUAAACAUAUCAAGAUACUCGUCGAUGUCGGAAAGUAG